AUGGCUGCACAGACACAGGGAAUCCAGCAGCUUCUUGCAGCUGAGAAAAAAGCUGCAGAAAAAGUGGCAGAGGCAAGAAAGAGGAAAGCUAAAAGGUUGAAGCAAGCCCAAGAGGAAGCACGAACUGAAAUUGAGCAAUAUCGGCAAGAGCGUGAGCGGCAGUCCAAGGAUUAUGAGAUCAAGUAUAUGGGAACAAAGAGUGAUAUUGCAGCAAAAAUUGAAACAGACACAAGAUCCAAGAUCAAUGGUAUAAAUGCCUGUGUGGCCCAGAACAAGGAAGAGGUCACCAAGUAUAUUUUGGCUUUGAUAAAUGACAUCAAGCCUGAGAUGCAUCCGAAUGCAAGGUUUGCAAAAAAUGCCUGAUCUUCACAGAGGAAAGAGAGAUUUCCGGUCAUGAAGUAGGUAAAGCGGUAUUCAACAGUGAAGGGAAACAUUUUAUCUGUAUUGCAUCAUGGAAAGUCAUGGAUUCAGCCUUCCACAGUAUACUCAUUGUAUACUGUGGACUUCAUGAAAAAAGUUGCAAGUAUUGGGAGUUGAAAUGAGAUACAAGUGCAAUAUGGUCUGGUUAUUUUUAAUUCCUCAAAGCAUUCCUAAAUGAGAUUUUUUAGACAUUUUUUCUUCCUCUUUUAUAUUAUAUUACUAAUAUGGAUGUGAUUCCUCCAUUGACAGUUUUCUGUUUCCCUAUUUCUGUUAGCAAGUAUGGAAGAUGUGCCUUAUUCCAUAGCCUAAUAACUGAAAUGAUUUCCGAGACUGGAAGCUGUAGCUUGUAGUGUUGGUGAUAGUGACAACUGAUAUUAAUAUAUUUGAAUCCAUUGUUU